CGUCUGGAUCGGGCCGUCACAAUGGUGAACGUACCAAAGACGCGCAGGACCUACUGCAAGAAGUGCAAGAGGCACCAGCUUCACAAAGUUACCCAGUACAAGAAGGGAAAGGAUUCCCUCUAUGCACAAGGUAAGAGGAGAUAUGACAGAAAGCAGUCCGGUUACGGUGGACAGACCAAGCCUAUUUUCCGCAAAAAGGCUAAGACGACAAAGAAGAUUGUGUUAAGGCUGGAGUGCGUGGAGCCCAACUGCAGGGCCAAGAGAAUGGUGCCCAUCAAGAGAUGCAAACACUUUGAGCUGGGAGGUGACAAGAAGAGAAAGGGCCAGGUCAUCCAGUUCUAGGCUGUGGUUCAAUUCGUUGGGUGGACUUUUUUCAAUAAAUGUAUUGAAAU